AUGGCUACACAGUCUGUGCCAAAACUUGAAAUAAAGCUUUUUGAAGAUGGACAGGAUGACCCAGAGAGUCAGAAUGAUGAUCAUCUGAGGAGUCUGAAAGCACUCACCCAAAAACUGAGGCUUGAAACCAGAAGACCUUCCUAUCUAGAGUGGAAAGCUAAACUUGAAGGAAAAGACUGGAAAAGCUCAAAGCCAUCAGAAGACCAAGGGCUCCCAGUGACAAAGAAACCCAGUGAAGAGCCCAGCAACCUCAAGAGAACACCAGAGCCGCUCAGUGGGAGUUCUGUGAAGGAUGGCAGUUUGACUCCAGGAAAAUUUAGCAGCUUUGAAAAUAUUGACAAGGCGUUGAGCUGGCUGAGGAAGGAAUUGACAGAAAUGCGCCUGCAAGACCAGCUGCUGGCGAGACAACUGAUGCGUCUUCGUAGUGACAUCAACAAACUGAAGAUUGAGCAGACCUGCCACUUGCACCAACGAAUGCUUAACGAUGCCACCUAUGAGUUAGAGGAGCGAGAUGAACUGUCGGAUUUGUUUUGUGACUUCCCAGUGACCAAUGCCUUCACUCUGUCAGCACCCCUCAAACUUAUUGGUGUGACUAAAAUGAACAUUAAUUCAAGGAGGUUUUCUUUGUGUUAA